CACCGUACAAAUUAAAGGUUUUUUAUUAUCAUUGACACAGAAGAGCAUUGUGCAAUCGCGAGAGAGCAAGAUUCGGGCCAUUGAUGAAUGUCAACGUUCGAUACUCUAUUAUAAACGCUAUAUAAAUAUUUGCUGAGACCUUUGCCGUCAUUUCUGCACCGAAACGCUGAGAUAAUGCCACGUCGUAUUGUUCUAUUACUUAUAAUUGCUCAUGGCUCUUGCAUGGAGAUGCGGGAGACAGUCGAACGAACGGUCAUGGUUCGCAGGACCGGGUCUGAUCUUCAACCAGCCGCUACAGGAUACAUUUAUAAAAAAGGCAGCGACGGGGAAGCUGUCGUUACAAAAAUGGGUGAGACCGAAGUGAUGGAACAGCUAUCAAAAUUAUACGAACAACCAAAAUCAUUCGCUGCUCCAAUUCCAAUCAGUUCUCCAUUCGCAGAAGAUGAUACCAAAGCUGCACUUAAAGCCAAAGAUCAUGUAAUACCAGUUAAAGAGAAUUCAGAAGAUGCAGUAGAUGGUAUAGCUGAUGACGACUAUAGAAAGCUUUUCGACGAAUACGCUUCUACAUUCGACGACUAUUUAAAAAGCUUAGGCGGUUUUAAAAGUGGUGAAAAUGAUGAUUUCGGCAAACAAUAUGGAUAUGACGUCCAUCAUGAUUAUAAUCCAAAGAAAGAUUAUAGCUAUGGAAAGCAAGGAGCAGGGGAUUACGAUAAUAAAAAGUUUGAAAGUUACUAUCUAUCUAAAAAGCAUGAUAAGCCUUACGAUAGUGAUGUAUACGGCAAGCUUUAUAAACAUCAAGAAUAUAAUCACGAUAAUAAUGAUAAAGGGUUCGGCUCAUAUAGAGAACACAAAGAUGAAGGCAACACAUUUCGAUACAAGAAAGUUGAUGAAAAGGACAACAAUAAGGACGCAAUCAAAGACAGUUACAAAUACAGCGAUGAGCCAAAAUACUACGGACAUGCGGGCAGUAGAGAUGGGCAUGCUUAUAGUUCAGAACACCACGAUGCUUUGGGGGCUGAAGGAACAGAACAUGACAAUACCAGCGAAAACUCCGAAGAAGAUAGCACAACAAAUAGCUACGGAGACUUCCCAACUAAAAGCGGACUGGCUGCAAGUAAAAGCUUCAGCUAUGAAGUUAAGCACUAACCCGGCUGUGUGUAUUGUUUUAUUGUUGAUGUUUCGUA